AUGUAGGCAGGCAGGGAAAACCCCAGCCUGAUACAGACACUUGUCGCGGCCGCACGCGCGCGUAGCGGUUUGUGCUCUGUCCUGCCUACCUGCACCAACGUUCAUCCGCUAUAUAUUUGCCGCAACCGGCCGGGCACUUGCCACACUCGCAAUCCUUAAAAGUUCCAAACCCAAAGGCACACCUUCCUCGCUCCUUCCGUCCCCUACCUUCGUCCGGCCGGGUAUCUUAAGUUGCCGAGUUUCGGAAGGAGGUAUGGCAAUGGCGGUGGGUCGGGUGGGCGGCGCCGUUAAGCGGCUGUGCGGCGCGGAGGAGGAACGGGUGGUUGGCACGAGCAAGGCGCCGGGAGCGUGCCCGUGCUGCGGCGGCCCCGUGGUGGCGACGGACGUGGAGAGCGAGCGGCGCAUCCUGUGCCUGCCACUGUGCCUCAAGAACAAGCGAAAGUACUCCUGCUCCAGGUGCCUCCGCCGGCUCGUCACCCUCUACAGCUAGCUCCUCAAUCCAUCCAUCGACUAGCGCAGAGUCCAUUAAUCAGCUCGAGUUCUCUGGUUCUUGGCCGUGGAUGGCCGACGAUCUUCUAGUUCAGAAAUUCCAAUGAGUAGCUAGCAAGGUAGUAGAUGGUUGUCUGGUUGAUUAGUUAACACCGUCGAUCGAUGGUGCAUCGAUCACGUGAAGCGCUGCGCGCGACUGGAAGUAGAUAGCUGGUGUCUUGCAGUACCGUCUUUGUAAAUGGUGGCAGGGCUCGUACGCUCGUACCCGCUUCCGCCUGUUUAAUGCACAGGCCAGGCCAGUGUUGGAAUCAUCUCACUUACCGGCGUAACGACGAAACACCGUCACUCCAUGGCCAUGGCCAGACUCUUCAAUUCAGCCUUGUAUAUAUACGGCUGUCUUUAUGUAUAUUGUACUCCACUACUGAUGUACAAUUGUACAGUAGUGGCAGUCAUAAAUCCAGGCUUUGGCCGGUACCGUCAUGCCCAUGUACUCCAACACCGCAGACCGAUGCCCGUUGGUUACCUGUUCCUUUCGCGGGCAUCUCAC